GGCACCACGGGCACUGGUGUUCAGACAGAUGUUUCCAGUUUGUCUACUUUCCUCCUCUUCUUUGGAUGCCUCUGCUGGCUACAUAUGAUGGUUACUUUCUAGCCUUGCUGCAAAUAAAGCUAAGAUGAGUUUGACAGCAAAACCGGCAAAGUCUUCCAAGCGGAGAUGCUCCAGAGAUUUCUUACCACCGUAAUAUUGUUCAAUACUGCACUGAAGCCAGAAGAUGGUUAUGAUGAUGCUGAUGAGGAGGAGGAGGUCUUGCCAGGUGAAAGGGGAUGUGAUGUGCACGAUUCUGCUGCUAGUGCUCUUCUGCCUGUUGUUCUAUGUGCGACAGGUCCUUCUGUCCUCUAACUCGGACAAGCCUGCAUGGAAGUUGGAGAUCAUUCGUCCCACCAGCUCAAGUCGGAACCUGCUGGGAACCAACACCGCCAAAGUGGCCAAGAAGUCUCCAAGGUCCCCAGUCAGCCACUCUGAGCCUCAAAUCCUGCUCUCAGAGCGCAAGUCCAAGAAACCCCAGGCCAAGUCCAAAGCCGAGUCCAAAUCCCCCAAAAAAUCCAAGUCGCGACAGAAGAAAGCAAAGCCGACCAAGCAGACCAAUGUCCCUCUGCCCACGAUGCCGCCGUUUGACUUUGAGGGAUACCUAAGAGCGAAGGACAACCGCAACUUCAAGCUGCUGAUCAAUCAACCUGAGAAAUGUCAGAUGGGAGGAUGGGAACAAGCUGGAGGGAGUCACAUGAGCGACCUCUACAUGCUCAUCGCCGUGAAAUCCAUUGCUGCAGAUUUUGAUAAACGGCAGGUGGUGCGUAGGACGUGGGGUAAAGAGGACAGCUCGAUCCGUACCGUCUUUUUGCUGGGGGUCCCCAGGAACCGCAGCGCCUUGCCUCUGUGGGAUCAGCUGCUGACCUAUGAGAGUCAGACCUUCAAAGAUAUCCUCCUGUGGGACUUUGAGGACACCUUCUUCAACCUGACACUGAAGGAAACCCACUUUCUAGAAUGGGUCAAUAGCACCUGUCCACAUGUCAGGUUCAUCUUCAAGGGUGACGCGGAUGUGUACGUGAACAUAGAAAACAUCCUGGAGCUGCUCCAAAGCCAAAAGUCAGACCAUGAUCUGUUUAUCGGGGAUAUUAUCGUCAAUGCGAAACCCAUUCGUCGCCGCACUUCAAAGUACUUUGUCCCAGAGUUUGUCUAUGGAGCUGCUUUGUACCCGUCUUACGCCGGGGGAGGAGGCUUUGUCAUGUCGGGCUACACCGCACGCCGUCUCAGUUCCGCCUGCCAGCGAGUGGAGCUAUUCCCCAUCGACGACGUGUUUCUGGGAAUGUGCCUCCAGCUGAUCGGCAUCAAACCGUCACGCCACCAAGGUUUUCGAACCUUUGGGAUUCCCCGUCCGUCCGCCGCACCCCACCUCCAGACAUUCGACCCGUGUUUCUACAGGGAGCUCAUGGUGGUCCACAGCCUCAGCGUGCCCCAGAUAUGGCUGAUGUGGAACCUUCUGCACGACCCCAAACUAAGCUGCCACAACAGAACCAGACCGACAUCCGGACCCUUCAGGUGGAGGGUAGAAGAACGAGAGAGUGAUUAUGGCGAGGAGCGGAUGUUUGUCUCGCAUGAUUAACUCACUGUCCGCUUAGAAGAGGAGGAGAAAAAAGGCUGCUUUUGCAAAGCACAGGUGGGUCACAUGACACCUUGGCCAAGUUAGCGGAUUAUGUGAAGUGGAAAUUUUUUUUUUUCCAUUAACGAGGAACAUUUUCUGCCAGGGCCAAGGUGUUUAUGAGAUGUUGCCUCAUAGUCAUGUGGUUGACAUAAAACACUGAAAGCUCUCAAUGUGCUGUUUAACAAUCGACAAGACAUUCCAAAAAGUAGGACUGACUUUUCAAUGCAGCUUUGGGAUGAGCUGACAAUUGAUUGACAAUUGAUCGCUGAUUAAUGCGGUCUUGGAGUGAUUAAGGCAAAAUACUUCACCAACAGAGGUUUCUCCUCCAUCAGCGUUAUUUUGCACAAUAUGACACGGAAAGGUCAGAACAUUCUUCCACCCUUGGAGUUCAACCUGGCACUUGUAGAAAAUGAAGAGUGAAUGAGUUAGAAAACGGCUAAGGUGACAGAACAAUGCCAAAAACCGCAGACUUAAUUUGCGCCCACUCCCUUUGCGCUCGCAUGGAGUCCAUUUGCGCUUGUUCCUCCCUUUCAGCACUUUGGCGCAUGCAUUUAGUAUGCGAGCUGACCACUCCCUUCCUUUUGGAUUGGUCACUUAAAACACCUACCGUCUCCUGGUCUACCAUCUCCUGGUCAGAGACAAGCCGAUCGAACUGUCUCGGUCUGUCUCGGUCUUUCGACAUUAUAACCCAAUAUUAGUGUAUUUUGUCUUUCAAUAAUUCAUACACGUUUUAUACUACAACCUAUUAAAUGAUGACAUUACCAUUUACAAGGAUGUCUUGGACUUAGACAAACUUUAAUAAUCCACAAGGGAAAUUGUCCCACACAGUAGCUCAGUUACAAAGGAUGGAAAGGGUACGGUGGGAAAGGAUCGUGCACACAAGGGCACAAAAAGAGAGCAAAAACAAAAGGUGUAAAGUAGACUAAAAAUGUACCAUAGUAUCAAUAUAAAAUACAACAUAUAUGUAAUAUUUACAUAGUACCGGUAUAUAUCAGUAUAUAAUAUAUACUGAUGUAUUAUAUUAUUAAUUAGUGGAUCUUAGGAACGUGUCAAAAAUCUCAAUCUUUUAAUAACAACCUUUACCAAGUUGAUAUUAGAUAGUUAAUAAUGAUCGUUUUUUGGACUUGGCACCAUGUUUUUUCUGGACAUAUACUUUCCAGGUGGCAGCGGGGUUAGUGCAUUUGCCUCACAAUAUGAAGGUCCUGGGUUCGAUCCUGCGCUCGGGAUAUUUCUGUGUGGAGUUUGCAUGUUCUCCCCGUUGACUGAGUGGGUUCCCUCCGGGUACUCCGGCUUCCUCCCACCUCCAAAGACAUGCACCUGGGGAUAGGUUGAUUGGCAACACUAAAUUGGUCCUAAUGUGUGAAUGUGAGUGUGAAUGUUGUCUGUCUAUCUGUGUUGGCCCUGUGAUGAGAUGGCAACUUGUCCAGGGUGUACCCCGCCUUCCGCUCGAAUGCAGCUGAGAUAGGCUCCAGCGAACCCCCGCGACCCCGAAAGGGACAAGUGGUAGAAAAUGGAUGAAUGGAUGCAUUCGUGGAUGCUAGAGUGCCAGAGUCGGCAAUGUGAUCAAAUGUGUGUUUUUUUUUUUUUAAUUGUUUUCUUUUUAAGCACUUUACUUAAUAAUGAAUGUUAUAAUGUUAAUUUUGUCUGAAGACUUAUGUCCACAGUUCGAUGGUUGCAGUCCCUCGGAUUGGCUUUGACCAGGAGACAGUAGGCCUUUACUUAGUAACUUUUCAACCAUUACAAAAUGUUUCCAUAACUUUUGGAAUGAUACAUGAAUUUACAACUAGUUGAAUGAAGGGGGUCUGUAUCGCAUUUGCUGGCACUUGGUGACCUUGAGGAGGGUGGCAGGAACACUGCCAAAGCAAAAACUACAAAUGUACUGACUUGCUUUACGGCAUACGUCCCUUCUCCUUUUCCCAUUCAUUCAAAAGACAGAAGUCGAUGCGAACGCCUACUUGCAAUUACUGCUAUCGUGGCCAAAGCUCCUAAACAACCAAAGAAACAAAAAGUUUUGUCUCGGGAGACAAAAAGUAAAACAGAGUCUACCAGGAUUAAAGGACAGUCAGGAUGAACAUUGCCCUGGCUUUCACUUGAUGGCGUGAGUUUAAAGACGAAUGAUUUCAAACCGAUGCUGCCUUAGCUCUGUUCCUGCUGGACUACUAACUGACUUUAGAUGCUUGAAUCAAAAUUAUAAUGCUAAUGUUAGCUAUCUGAAAUUUGCGUGUUAGCAAUAAAUAGCCACAUUCUUGGUGGUAGUGUCAUGUUUGUAGCGCAAUCAAAGAUAAUUUCUUGAUAGUGUCUGCUAUUUUACAUCAGCAUAGCCCAGUGGUUCUUAACCUGGGUUCGAUGGAACCCUAGGGGUUCGGUGAGUAGGCCUCAGGGGUUCGGCGGAGGUCAAGACACACCCGACUCAUCGUGUAAAUAAAAACUUCUCCCUAUCGGCGUAUUACGGAUACGGCAACAGCAGAAGUCACACUGAUUUGCAGGUGUGUAAUUUGUUGUGAGUUUAUGCACUGUGUUGGUUUUGUUCUUGGAACAAGGUGAUGUUGAUGCACGGUUCAUUUUGUGCACAGGUAAAAAAACAUGGUAACACUUUAGUAUGGGGAACAUAUUCACCAUUAAUUAGUUGCUUAUUAACAUGCAAAUUAGUAACAUAUUGGCUCUUAAUUAGUCAUUAUUAAGUACUUAUUAAUGCAGGUCUUAUUAUAACCCUAACCCUGGCCCUAACCCUCUAACCCUAACCAAAUAACUCUAAAUUAAGUCUUUGUUACUUAGAAUAUGUUCCCCAUACUAAAGUGUAACCAAAAACAUAUAACUUUGUCUUGAAUUUGAAAAACAACAUUUUAUUUUUCACUAAAGAAGGGUUCGGUGAAUGCGCAUAUGAAACUGGUGGGGUUCGUUACCUCCAACAAGGUUAAGAACCACUGGCAUAGCCAUUAGAGACCUAAUAUUUGUGACAAUAUUACAGUUUGACGCUAUAUGCGCCAGUCCUCACGCGAAAUGUGGUCUUCUUCUGGCAGAACACUACUGAUUUUUGUCCAAUCAGAAAGGAGGAAAGUUGCACAGACCGUGUAUUAAAUGAGUGGUCCCCAACCACCAGUCCGGGGACCGGUACCGGUCCGUGACAUAUUUGCUACCGGGACGCAAAGAAACAAUAAUUAAUUUAUAAACUGCCACAUUUUCUCCGACUUAACUUUUCACCUGUCCCACUAAACCAAUAAGCGUGUUAAUAGAUGUGUAUUACAACUCCUUUGUUAUAGUACAUGGGACAAUGCACAUAUCAAAUGUUAAAGUGCCAGAUUGUAGCCAAAGGCUAAUGUCCGUGAAAAUAACGCAUACAUUAAACCGGUCCCUGGUGGAAAAAAGGUUGGGGAACCCUGCAUUAAAGAAACGACUCCAAGUGCCAAAAGGGAGGAACGUGUAGAGGAACAAAGAAAGAAAGUGUGAAUGCAAAUAAACUUUGCGCGAGUGCAAAGAGACUGUGUGGGAGUGCAAAGAGACCGCGCGCACACAGAUUGUUUUUCAUGUUUUGGCACUGUUUUGACGUCAGACUGACACAAUUGAUCAUAUCUGCAUUUCUUCAACUAUCAUUUCUUGUCAAUAUGCUCACAUUUCCGUACAAGAACCAGUAGGCUGUACGCACCUUUUUUAGUUUCAUAUAGCGUGUACUGUGUGUCUCUACAGGACUGUCCACAUCUUUUCCAAGGUUUGAUACAUUUUGUGCAUUAAAGACGCUAAAAAAACCAAUGUUUUGUUCCAAAAUAAUAACCGCCUU